AUGUACAAACUGGCAAGCUCCUACCGUUUUCACUUCUUCCUUUACUUCCUGGCUGAUGUGCUUGAGCAGCUCAACAUUUUGAACAAGACCUUCCAGCAGAAACAGCUCGAUCUGGUGUCUUUGCAUGCGCAGAUCAAGCGGACAACGCGUCACAUCGAGAGCCGCUACGUGGACUGCGGCGAUGACUUCGGCGGCGGCAUGAGCCAGUGGCUGUCACCUUUCCUGCUGCGCCAUGGCCCGGGGUGUAGCCGCGAAGUGAAGGUGGAAGGUGUCGACAGUGACGGCCGACCAUCUUCUAUCACGUUCACCCUUCACGACGAGCCCGUGGACUCGUACAGCGGCCCGGAGGACCACGACGGGUGCAUCCAGUUGUGCACCGAGUUCGCAGAGAGGAUCGUGGCGAACCUGGAGGGAAGGCUCGGUGAUCUCGACUCCCUCUCUGGAGUCCGCCUGUUCACACCAGAUGCAUGGCCACAAAGCAAGUCUGAGCGGAACGCUCGUUGCCUGGAGUGGCUUCAGUCGCUGGUGACGAUGUUCAAGGCUCAGGACCGCGAGAACAAGAAGGGCAAGCACGAGGAGGAGCCAGUAGAUGUAGAUGAUGAGGAGGAGCCAGUAGAUGUAGAUGAUGAGGAGGAGCCACCUGGCCCGAUCAGACAUCUGGGCGUGAAGGGCAGACAUCUGGGCGUGAAGGGCAGACAUCUGGGCGUGAAGGGCAGACAUCUGGGCGUGAAGGGCAGACAUCUGGGCGUGAAGGGCAGACAUCUGGGCGUGAAGGGCAGACAUCUGGGCGUGAAGGGCAGACAUCUGGGCGUGAAGGGCAGACAUCUGGGCGUGAAGGGCAGACAUCUGGGCGUGAAGGGCAGACAUCUGGGCGUGAAGGGCAGACAUCUGGGCGUGAAGGGCAGACAUCUGGGCGUGAAGGGCAGACAUCUGGGCGUGAAGGGCAGACAUCUGGGCGUGAAGGGCAGACAUCUGGGCGUGAAGGGCAGACAUCUGGGCGUGAAGGGCAGACAUCUGGGCGUGAAGGGCAGACAUCUGGGCGUGAAGGGCAGACAUCUGGGCGUGAAGGGCAGACAUCUGGGCGUGAAGGGCAGACAUCUGGGCGUGAAGGGCAGACAUCUGGGCGUGAAGGGCAGACAUCUGGGCGUGAAGGGCAGACAUCUGGGCGUGAAGGGCAGACAUCUGGGCGUGAAGGGCAGACAUCUGGGCGUGAAGGGCAGACAUCUGGGCGUGAAGGGCAGACAUCUGGGCGUGAAGGGCAGACAUCUGGGCGUGAAGGGCAGACAUCUGGGCGUGAAGGGCAGACAUCUGGGCGUGAAGGGCAGACAUCUGGGCGUGAAGGGCAGACAUCUGGGCGUGAAGGGCAGACAUCUGGGCGUGAAGGGCAGACAUCUGGGCGUGAAGGGCAGACAUCUGGGCGUGAAGGGCAGACAUCUGGGCGUGAAGGGCAGACAUCUGGGCGUGAAGGGCAGACAUCUGGGCGUGAAGGGCAGACAUCUGGGCGUGAAGGGCAGACAUCUGGGCGUGAAGGGCAGACAUCUGGGCGUGAAGGGCAGACAUCUGGGCGUGAAGGGCAGACAUCUGGGCGUGAAGGGCAGACAUCUGGGCGUGAAGGGCAGACAUCUGGGCGUGAAGGGCAGACAUCUGGGCGUGAAGGGCAGACAUCUGGGCGUGAAGGGCAGACAUCUGGGCGUGAAGGGCAGACAUCUGGGCGUGAAGGGCAGACAUCUGGGCGUGAAGGGCAGACAUCUGGGCGUGAAGGGCAGACAUCUGGGCGUGAAGGGCAGACAUCUGGGCGUGAAGGGCAGACAUCUGGGCGUGAAGGGCAGACAUCUGGGCGUGAAGGGCAGACAUCUGGGCGUGAAGGGCAGACAUCUGGGCGUGAAGGGCAGACAUCUGGGCGUGAAGGGCAGACAUCUGGGCGUGAAGGGCAGACAUCUGGGCGUGAAGGGCAGACAUCUGGGCGUGAAGGGCAGACAUCUGGGCGUGAAGGGCAGACAUCUGGGCGUGAAGGGCAGACAUCUGGGCGUGAAGGGCAGACAUCUGGGCGUGAAGGGCAGACAUCUGGGCGUGAAGGGCAGACAUCUGGGCGUGAAGGGCAGACAUCUGGGCGUGAAGGGCAGACAUCUGGGCGUGAAGGGCAGACAUCUGGGCGUGAAGGGCAGACAUCUGGGCGUGAAGGGCAGACAUCUGGGCGUGAAGGGCAGACAUCUGGGCGUGAAGGGCAGACAUCUGGGCGGCAGACAUCUGGGCGUGAAGGGCAGACAUCUGGGCGUGAAGGGCAGACAUCUGGGCGUGAAGGGCAGACAUCUGGGCGUGAAGGGCAGACAUCUGGGCGUGAAGGGCAGACAUCUGGGCGUGAAGGGCAGACAUCUGGGCGUGAAGGGCAGACAUCUGGGCGUGAAGGGCAGACAUCUGGGCGUGAAGGGCAGACAUCUGGGCGUGAAGGGCAGACAUCUGGGCGUGAAGGGCAGACAUCUGGGCGUGAAGGGCAGACAUCUGGGCGUGAAGGGCAGACAUCUGGGCGUGAAGGGCAGACAUCUGGGCGUGAAGGGCAGACAUCUGGGCGUGAAGGGCAGACAUCUGGGCGUGAAGGGCAGACAUCUGGGCGUGAAGGGCAGACAUCUGGGCGUGAAGGGCAGACAUCUGGGCGUGAAGGGCAGACAUCUGGGCGUGAAGGGCAGACAUCUGGGCGUGAAGGGCAGACAUCUGGGCGUGAAGGGCAGACAUCUGGGCGUGAAGGGCAGACAUCUGGGCGUGAAGGGCAGACAUCUGGGCGUGAAGGGCAGACAUCUGGGCGUGAAGGGCAGACAUCUGGGCGUGAAGGGCAGACAUCUGGGCGUGAAGGGCAGACAUCUGGGCGUGAAGGGCAGACAUCUGGGCGUGAAGGGCAGACAUCUGGGCGUGAAGGGCAGACAUCUGGGCGUGAAGGGCAGACAUCUGGGCGUGAAGGGCAGACAUCUGGGCGUGAAGGGCAGACAUCUGGGCGUGAAGGGCAGACAUCUGGGCGUGAAGGGCAGACAUCUGGGCGUGAAGGGCAGACAUCUGGGCGUGAAGGGCAGACAUCUGGGCGUGAAGGGCAGACAUCUGGGCGUGAAGGGCAGACAUCUGGGCGUGAAGGGCAGACAUCUGGGCGUGAAGGGCAGACAUCUGGGCGUGAAGGGCAGACAUCUGGGCGUGAAGGGCAGACAUCUGGGCGUGAAGGGCAGACAUCUGGGCGUGAAGGGCAGACAUCUGGGCGUGAAGGGCAGACAUCUGGGCGUGAAGGGCAGACAUCUGGGCGUGAAGGGCAGACAUCUGGGCGUGAAGGGCAGACAUCUGGGCGUGAAGGGCAGACAUCUGGGCGUGAAGGGCAGACAUCUGGGCGUGAAGGGCAGACAUCUGGGCGUGAAGGGCAGACAUCUGGGCGUGAAGGGCAGACAUCUGGGCGUGAAGGGCAGACAUCUGGGCGUGAAGGGCAGACAUCUGGGCGUGAAGGGCAGACAUCUGGGCGUGAAGGGCAGACAUCUGGGCGUGAAGGGCAGACAUCUGGGCGUGAAGGGCAGACAUCUGGGCGUGAAGGGCAGACAUCUGGGCGUGAAGGGCAGACAUCUGGGCGUGAAGGGCAGACAUCUGGGCGUGAAGGGCAGACAUCUGGGCGUGAAGGGCAGACAUCUGGGCGUGAAGGGCAGACAUCUGGGCGUGAAGGGCAGACAUCUGGGCGUGAAGGGCAGACAUCUGGGCGGCAGACAUCUGGGCGUGAAGGGCAGACAUCUGGGCGUGAAGGGCAGACAUCUGGGCGUGAAGGGCAGACAUCUGGGCGUGAAGGGCAGACAUCUGGGCGUGAAGGGCAGACAUCUGGGCGUGAAGGGCAGACAUCUGGGCGUGAAGGGCAGACAUCUGGGCGUGAAGGGCAGACAUCUGGGCGUGAAGGGCAGACAUCUGGGCGUGAAGGGCAGACAUCUGGGCGUGAAGGGCAGACAUCUGGGCGUGAAGGGCAGACAUCUGGGCGUGAAGGGCAGACAUCUGGGCGUGAAGGGCAGACAUCUGGGCGUGAAGGGCAGACAUCUGGGCGUGAAGGGCAGACAUCUGGGCGUGAAGGGCAGACAUCUGGGCGUGAAGGGCAGACAUCUGGGCGUGAAGGGCAGACAUCUGGGCGUGAAGGGCAGACAUCUGGGCGUGAAGGGCAGACAUCUGGGCGUGAAGGGCAGACAUCUGGGCGUGAAGGGCAGACAUCUGGGCGUGAAGGGCAGACAUCUGGGCGUGAAGGGCAGACAUCUGGGCGUGAAGGGCAGACAUCUGGGCGUGAAGGGCAGACAUCUGGGCGUGAAGGGCAGACAUCUGGGCGUGAAGGGCAGACAUCUGGGCGUGAAGGGCAGACAUCUGGGCGUGAAGGGCAGACAUCUGGGCGUGAAGGGCAGACAUCUGGGCGUGAAGGGCAGACAUCUGGGCGUGAAGGGCAGACAUCUGGGCGUGAAGGGCAGACAUCUGGGCGUGAAGGGCAGACAUCUGGGCGUGAAGGGCAGACAUCUGGGCGUGAAGGGCAGACAUCUGGGCGUGAAGGGCAGACAUCUGGGCGUGAAGGGCAGACAUCUGGGCGUGAAGGGCAGACAUCUGGGCGUGAAGGGCAGACAUCUGGGCGUGAAGGGCAGACAUCUGGGCGUGAAGGGCAGACAUCUGGGCGUGAAGGGCAGACAUCUGGGCGUGAAGGGCAGACAUCUGGGCGUGAAGGGCAGACAUCUGGGCGUGAAGGGCAGACAUCUGGGCGUGAAGGGCAGACAUCUGGGCGUGAAGGGCAGACAUCUGGGCGUGAAGGGCAGACAUCUGGGCGUGAAGGGCAGACAUCUGGGCGUGAAGGGCAGACAUCUGGGCGUGAAGGGCAGACAUCUGGGCGUGAAGGGCAGACAUCUGGGCGUGAAGGGCAGACAUCUGGGCGUGAAGGGCAGACAUCUGGGCGUGAAGGGCAGACAUCUGGGCGUGAAGGGCAGACAUCUGGGCGUGAAGGGCAGACAUCUGGGCGUGAAGGGCAGACAUCUGGGCGUGAAGGGCAGACAUCUGGGCGUGAAGGGCAGACAUCUGGGCGUGAAGGGCAGACAUCUGGGCGUGAAGGGCAGACAUCUGGGCGUGAAGGGCAGACAUCUGGGCGUGAAGGGCAGACAUCUGGGCGUGAAGGGCAGACAUCUGGGCGUGAAGGGCAGACAUCUGGGCGUGAAGGGCAGACAUCUGGGCGUGAAGGGCAGACAUCUGGGCGUGAAGGGCAGACAUCUGGGCGUGAAGGGCAGACAUCUGGGCGUGAAGGGCAGACAUCUGGGCGUGAAGGGCAGACAUCUGGGCGUGAAGGGCAGACAUCUGGGCGUGAAGGGCAGACAUCUGGGCGUGAAGGGCAGACAUCUGGGCGUGAAGGGCAGACAUCUGGGCGUGAAGGGCAGACAUCUGGGCGUGAAGGGCAGACAUCUGGGCGUGAAGGGCAGACAUCUGGGCGUGAAGGGCAGACAUCUGGGCGUGAAGGGCAGACAUCUGGGCGUGAAGGGCAGACAUCUGGGCGUGAAGGGCAGACAUCUGGGCGUGAAGGGCAGACAUCUGGGCGUGAAGGGCAGACAUCUGGGCGUGAAGGGCAGACAUCUGGGCGUGAAGGGCAGACAUCUGGGCGUGAAGGGCAGACAUCUGGGCGUGAAGGGCAGACAUCUGGGCGUGAAGGGCAGACAUCUGGGCGUGAAGGGCAGACAUCUGGGCGUGAAGGGCAGACAUCUGGGCGGCAGACAUCUGGGCGUGAAGGGCAGACAUCUGGGCGUGAAGGGCAGACAUCUGGGCGUGAAGGGCAGACAUCUGGGCGUGAAGGGCAGACAUCUGGGCGUGAAGGGCAGACAUCUGGGCGUGAAGGGCAGACAUCUGGGCGUGAAGGGCAGACAUCUGGGCGUGAAGGGCAGACAUCUGGGCGUGAAGGGCAGACAUCUGGGCGUGAAGGGCAGACAUCUGGGCGUGAAGGGCAGACAUCUGGGCGUGAAGGGCAGACAUCUGGGCGUGAAGGGCAGACAUCUGGGCGUGAAGGGCAGACAUCUGGGCGUGAAGGGCAGACAUCUGGGCGUGAAGGGCAGACAUCUGGGCGUGAAGGGCAGACAUCUGGGCGUGAAGGGCAGACAUCUGGGCGUGAAGGGCAGACAUCUGGGCGUGAAGGGCAGACAUCUGGGCGUGAAGGGCAGACAUCUGGGCGUGAAGGGCAGACAUCUGGGCGUGAAGGGCAGACAUCUGGGCGUGAAGGGCAGACAUCUGGGCGUGAAGGGCAGACAUCUGGGCGUGAAGGGCAGACAUCUGGGCGUGAAGGGCAGACAUCUGGGCGUGAAGGGCAGACAUCUGGGCGUGAAGGGCAGACAUCUGGGCGUGAAGGGCAGACAUCUGGGCGUGAAGGGCAGACAUCUGGGCGUGAAGGGCAGACAUCUGGGCGUGAAGGGCAGACAUCUGGGCGUGAAGGGCAGACAUCUGGGCGUGAAGGGCAGACAUCUGGGCGUGAAGGGCAGACAUCUGGGCGUGAAGGGCAGACAUCUGGGCGUGAAGGGCAGACAUCUGGGCGUGAAGGGCAGACAUCUGGGCGUGAAGGGCAGACAUCUGGGCGUGAAGGGCAGACAUCUGGGCGUGAAGGGCGUUGAGUGA